CGCUUGCCACUUAUUAUAGAACAUUGCGGCUCCGUACUCCACAAUCAAGGACAACCCGUCCUAAUUACAGACACCAUCUGAGCGAGCCCAUGCGAUAACAGAACCAGCGUCAGCGGAUAGGCUCCGCUCUCUUCAUCCGCCACCAUGAAGUUCAUGAUCGAGGAUCUUCCGGUCCUCUUUCCCUAUCCACGGAUCUAUCCCGAACAAUAUGCCUACAUGUGUGAUCUCAAGCGCACAUUGGAUGCCGGGGGCCACUGUGUGCUGGAAAUGCCUUCGGGCACCGGAAAGACCGUCUCUCUCCUCUCCUUGAUCGUGGCCUACCAGCAACACUACCCGGAGCAUCGAAAGCUGAUCUACUGCUCACGGACAAUGUCCGAGAUCGAAAAGGCGCUUGCCGAGUUGAAAGCCCUGAUGAAAUAUCGGGCGGAUCAGUUGGGCCAAGAGGAAGACUUUCGUGGGUUGGGCUUGACCUCACGGAAGAACCUUUGCCUCCAUCCUUCCGUGAAACGCGAGAAGAGUGGUGCGGUGGUUGAUGCUCGGUGUAGGAGUCUGACCGCUGGCUUUGUGAAGGAGAAGAAAGAACGCGGCGAAGAUGUUGAUCUCUGCAUCUAUCACGACAAUCUUGACCUUCUGGAACCCCACAAUCUGAUCCCGCCUGGCGUAUGGACUCUCGAUGGGAUGCUGCGAUACGGCGAGAGGCAGAAACAAUGCCCCUACUUCACUGCCCGUCGCAUGAUGCCAUUUUGCAAUGUCAUCAUCUACUCUUACCACUAUCUUCUUGACCCGAAAAUUGCAGAGCGAGUAUCGAAAGAACUAUCCAAAGACUGCAUCGUAGUCUUUGAUGAAGCACACAACAUCGACAACGUCUGCAUCGAAUCGCUCAGUAUCGACUUGACAGAAGAUUCCCUGCGAAAGGCGGCGAGAGGGGCCACCAAUCUGGAAAAGAGAAUCACCGAGAUGAAAGAAACGGAUGCGGAGAAGUUGCAAAACGAAUAUUCCAAACUGGUAGAGGGCCUACGCGAAGCGGAUGAGGCGAGAGACGAAGGCGCCUUCAUGUCCAACCCUGCAUUGCCCGAUGACCUCCUCAAGGAAGCCGUGCCUGGCAAUAUUCGCCGAGCCGAGCACUUCACUGCCUUCCUCAAACGCUUCAUCGAGUACCUCAAGACCCGGAUGAAGGUCUUGCACGUCAUCUCAGAAACCCCGCCCUCUUUCUUACAGCAUCUCAAGGAGCUCACCUUCAUCGAAAAGAAGCCCCUGCGAUUCUGUGCGGAACGUCUAACUUCACUCGUUCGCACCUUGGAGCUUACCAACAUCGAGGACUACCAACCGCUUCAAGAAGUAGCGACAUUUGCUACCUUGGUCGCCACCUACGACACUGGAUUCCUGCUGAUCCUGGAACCGUAUGAGUCGGACACUGCCACUGUUCCCAACCCGAUACUUCACUUCACUUGCCUAGACGCCGCGAUCGCCAUCAAGCCGGUCUUCGAUCGUUUCAGCUCCGUCAUCAUCACGUCUGGAACGAUCUCACCACUCGAAAUGUACCCCAAAAUGCUGGGCUUCACCACUGUGGUACAGGAGUCGUACGCCAUGACCCUCGCAAGGCGAUCAUUCCUACCGAUGAUCGUCACCCGUGGCUCUGACCAAGGGCAAAUUUCAUCUGGCUUUCAAACGCGCAGUGAUCCUGCCAACAUUCGAAACUAUGGCGCUCUCCUUAUCGAGUUCUCCAAACUUACUCCGGAUGGCAUUGUCGUCUUCUUCCCCUCCUAUCUGUACAUGGAGAGUGUCAUCUCGAUGUGGCAGAGCAUGGGCGUGCUGGAUCAGGUGUGGAAGAGCAAAUUGAUUCUGGUCGAGACACCCGACAGUCAAGAGACCUCACUCGCUCUGGAGACCUAUCGCACUGCUUGCAGCAAUGGACGAGGUGCCAUCUUGCUUUGCGUCGCUCGUGGUAAGGUGUCAGAAGGGAUCGAUUUCGACCAUCACUACGGACGGACUGUGCUUUGUAUCGGCGUUCCGUUCCAAUACACCGAGUCACGAAUUCUGAAAGCAAGGCUGGAAUUCCUGCGCGAAACCUAUCGCAUCCGCGAGAACGACUUCUUAUCCUUCGACGCCAUGCGUCACUGUGCACAGUGUCUUGGACGCGUGUUGCGAGGGAAAGACGACUAUGGGAUCAUGGUGAUGGCAGACAAACGAUUUGCCAAGAAGCGCACGCAGUUGCCGAAAUGGAUCUCAAGUGCGUUAAUGGAGAGCGACGCUAACAUGUCCGUCGAUCAAGCCGUGGCAUCUGCAAAGCGUUUCCUCAAAGUGAUGAGCAAGCCGUUUCCCAUCCGUCUGCAAGAGGGGAUUAGUACGUGGAGUUACGAGGACUUGAUGGAGCACCAGAGCAAGCUGCAGUCUGAGAAGCAGCGGGAGGUCAGGAAUGGUGAAGCCAACGGUGGUGACUAUCACCUUCACGGCGAUGAAAUUAUGCGGGAAGCUGAGGCGGUCGAGGAUGAGAUGGAAGAUGCCGAUAUGGAAGCGGCGAUGAUGGAGAUUGAUGCGUGAAGCAGACCGUUGCUCGCGCCCAAUUACACCUGCUCAUUUACACAACGGGGAUUGCGAACAACGCAGACCACCUCCAAGCAGGCCAUUGAGGUCCAGCCGCACGGAGAAGCAACCUGCCUGACAGCCUCCAAGAUCACCAACGGCAAUCACCGGUUGUAUUUAGUAUGACGUUAGCGGGGUAACGACGCCAGAGAUUCAUGCAGCGAACGAACACAAGUUUUUAGAUCAAAUACAACUCAACA